AUGACGUCAUUGAUCAAAAACCAGAUCAUCAAACAUUUGUCGGUGUAAGUAUUUGAUUAUUAGUGUUUUUUGAUGUUUAGGGGGUAUCAGAAGCUUUGUUUGGCUUGGAAUAGUUGUAAGUUGAAGUGUUGAAUAUUAAUUUAGGUAUGUUAUACCUAAAAUUUCAAGUUUUUGUGUCUAAAACGAUAUAGAAUUUUUAUUUGAGAACUUGGAUGUGUUCUCUAUGUGCUCUUUGAAUAGAAGUUACUGUUUUCGCACAAAAUUUGACAGUUUGUUGUUAUUUUUAAAUAGGUAGCCUUUAAAAAGGCUACCUAAAAUAGAUCGAGUUUUUAUCUUCUGUUUGCUGUUGAUGUCUAAAUGCUCACUUAUGAUCUCUAGGGCUUAUUUCUGCAUUUUGAAAGCAUGCUUGCUUCAGGUUUGCCCGAAAUCUGACCCCAGACCAAAUCAGCGUGGAGGUUUUGAGAGGCAAAGGGGAGUUGCGCAAUAUCGUACUGAACGAAGAAGUCCUUGCCGAGAAGUUAGAACUCCCACCAUGGCUUAAAAUCCGUCACGCUUCAUGCAAUCGAGUCACUGUGAACAUUCCAUGGACCUCAUUGAAAAGUUUGCCAGUUGAACUGGUAAGUGCAAUAUAAAUUCUUUGAAUUUUUGACCGACUUAUAUUUUUAACUUCUAAUAUGACUUUUUUAUAGUACGUUGAUGAGAUUCAUGUGCUUUUGGAACUAUGUGCGGAUGACGGAUCGGGCCAGACGAAGAAAAGUCAAGCUACAGCGUAAGUAAUUUUAGUUAGUUUUUUUUUGAUGUUUAGGGGGAAAUUACUGAGGUUGUUUGUGUUGAAGAUAGUCAGAAUAGGGUGUAUAGAGUAAAUUACGGUCACUUCAUCAACCCUGAUACUUAUUUUCAGUUCAAAUUCGUAUGGAUUUGGAGACCGAGUAGUGGAAGGAAUGUCGUUAUUUGUGAAUAACGUGGAAAUCGAAUUCACGUCAGACCGAUUCAGAGGUUCUGUUAUGGUAAGUCAGAUAUGUCUUAUUGAUUCGGGAUUCAUAUUUAAUUUGCAUCAUAUUUGAUAAGCUGUAAUCAUCAUGUUCAAUAUUUUAGCUAAGCCGCUUGGAAGUAGCAUCGCAGACCCCCAACUGGAAGAAAGCCCCCGACCUCAAGCACACCCGCUUCCAUGACCACACAACCAAUAAAGUCAUGUUCUUCAAACAUAUUUCAUGGCAAUUACUUCGAAUCGAAGCCCGAGCUAUAGAAAAAGAAAAUGGAGACGCGUCCACGUUCCGAGCUGUGAAUUCACCAUUGAGAUUGAUCACGAGUGCCGGAAGAUGCCGAGUGGUGAUUAAGAAGAGCUCAGUUGGUAAGGUUUGGAGGGGAUAUAAAAGUUUGGGAGUUCUGAUGUCAAGUGUAAUAUAGAGGGUGGCGGCAAUGGAGGUUUAUUAGAAUACAAUAUAGGCGGAUAGGUAAAAUACGAUGUAUGCUUUCAAUUUUAUGGACAAUUUGCCUUUCGGAAUCAAAAAAUGAAAGGCUGUUGUUGUUGUGGGUCUUGGUCAUGGAUAAUGUCAUAACUGUAUUCACACGUGUUCCUAUUAAAAAUUCUUUUUAUUUUUGGAGAAUGAGAGGUAUGUACCAAAUUUUUAUAGUAGUUAUAGAUACGUGGCCGUAUGUAAAUACCCAUUUUUACAUCAAUUUUAUAUUGUACUACCUAAAUUUACAAAAUCAAUUUUUUUAAUUUGGUUUUAUUUUUGUUACUUCCAGACGGCUCCCUGAUCUGCGGACGAAUGCAGACCAUCCUAGAAGAAGUUCUUUGGGUCGCCACCCUCCCCCAACUCCGUUCCGCCAUCAUGUUCGCCAAGUACAUAGUGGAGUUGAUAGAAAAGUCCCAAGAAGCCAUGAAAAAACCCAAACCCGAGACGCUGAAAUCAAUCGUAAGCCAAACCAAGAAGUUUUUCAAAGAGGCCAGUCCUCAAAAGGUAGUUUUUUGUCGUGUUUUGUCCUUUAACGUCAUACUGAUAACUUGGAAAGGAGAAGGUAAAAUGGGGGUGGCGUAUUUGAUGGUACUUUUAACAAUUUUCGUAUGAAAUUUUUAAUUUUGGACAGAAAUUUUUGGGAUUUAUAUGAAUUCUUACUAAAAUUUAGGAUUUUGGCUAAUUUGGCGUGAACACUGCUUUUUGGGCUUAAUUUUGCUAAUUCUACCUUUGUUUGCUGUGUUAUUCGGCUUAAAAUAUAAAUAUACGCUACUUUGAAGUUUUUUCUUGCAUAAUUUACCUUAAACUUGCUUAUUCCCGCUUAAAACUUCCUGUAAAUUUCAAAAAAUCUUGUUUACACCUCCUAAAUUUCCAGAAUUCCUCCCGAACAGUCAUCGAACAGAACCGAGAAAUGUCCCAGCGCUACAAAACCAUCGAUUUCAAUCAGUCCUCGAAUCAUGUGUACAUCAGUCGAAUUGAUCUUCAUUUAUGUGAUGACGCAUCAACCGAUGACUUCCCCAAGGAUUGGGAUAUCAACAAUGGAGCGAUUCAAGUGGUCCUGACGAGAUUGUCGUUGGAUAUAUACCCCAGUCAUUCGCCGCUUUGGAAAAGAGAGGAUUGGGUCAGAUACGAUGCAACGAAUUCAUGUGCAAACGAAGCCGAGAAACUCGUGGUUUCUCACCUCGCAAAACUGUGUGAACUGAUGAGUAGGUUUGCAAAGGCAUUAUGGAAGGGCACUAUUGUAACUGUGGCCUGGUUUAUUAACAAAAUUUUACGAAUUUAUCGACAACUUUUCUAGGCGACGGCGAUAAACGACAAUUUACUCAAGUCUGCCAAGACCUCCGUUCCCAACAUGUUGUUAUUCGAAUUGAUGAUCUCCUGGUGAACUGUGUUUCGCAACAAACCUCGAAGAAGGAACAAGUUGUCCCAAUGAUCCAUCCGGACACCACUGCCAGGCAGACUCUUCCCAAACAAACCCCGAUCUUCCACAUGGAACUGGCCAGCUAUUAUUACCUAAAUCCAACUAGUUUCCCGGGUAAGUUUGAGAAUUUUGGUAAGAUUUUGCGAUUAAAUGAGUUGUUGUGGAAUAUAUUAUGGAAUACGGAAGAUAUUCCUUCGUAAUUUAUCGGAAUUUUUUCUUGAUUUUUGAUUUUUUUAUAUUGUAGUGCCUCCAAACGCCUCUCAUCUGAUAAUUGGCCCACUAAUCAUUGGAGUCGACCCAAGGUCAAUUAGAUGGCUCGUCUACGUCAGUGAGAACAUAUCAAAUGUCGUUGUAAGUUAUUUUUAAAUCGAAAAAAUUCUGUAUUUUGAUCUAGGACGUGAAGAACCUCCAAAAAGACCCCACCCCAACUGAUACCCGCAUCGAAAUCCUUCUCCCUCAUAUCUACUUUGACCUCCACGUGCCAGAAGAUGACGACAGAUUCCCCAACAAACUGUCAGCAUCAUUGUGCACAGUGACUGCGACGAAUUACCACUACGAACAAACCCCGAUAUCAGAUACGGUGGCUUUCAAACAAUUCAGCGAGAAAGCGACGGAAUUUAUGAAAAAUUAUGAUGAAAGCUUGAUUCAACAUGUGAUCAAUGCUCAGAAAGUGCUAAGGAAUGAUGGUAAGAGUCUUUUUUGUAGCUUUUUUAAGGGCUUACAAUUUUUUGGAACUCUAAAAAUGAUAAAAAAAUCGCCUUUUUGGGUUAGUUGAGAAACGCCAAGUGGAUUUUUGAUUCGGUGAUUACUUUCAGAAUGCCCCGACAAGGAGUUUUUCCUGAUCAAACUCGCCUCUCUGGUCCUAAACUCGGAAAACGAAGCCCACCACUCCCAACCAGCCAUAUCCAACGACUUCAAUGUCGAUGUUUAUAUCGUCGAGCAACCCGAAGGCCAUGUUAAAGUCGCCGCCGACCCGCAAGGAACGGUGGAAAUCGCCAUCGACCACUUUCAAUUUGCUCAAAUCAUCAAAGUCCAGCAGGUCAUCAACGCAUUGCUUGAAAAAGUCAAAACGGACCGAACUUUCUUCCAAAAACGAUAUAGCCAUACAAAUACAGAGCCGAAGGUUUCAGUUUACUGCGCAUUUGAACGGGUGAGUAGUGGACUCUGUCCUUUUUUAUUUAUUUAUUUUUUUUUUGGAAGAAAAUGUAUUGGUUUAGGUUAUUUUGAACAUUAUUUUGCCUCCAAUCCCCGUCCCAUCCCCAUAUGAACCAAGAAGAGCCAUUCCGAACUCGGAUACGGACCCAUCGAUAUCUUCAGGUAUGUUUGAAGGUGAUAUCGGGGCAUUAAAUACCAUGAAAUCCAAAAAUGCCGUUUUGAGGGCGAUGUUUAUUACAAAGUGGAAUGUUUGCAAGGCUGACCAUGGAAAUUAAUAUAUUAAGGAAUGUAAAGAAGUACUGAAGGUAAAAUAGGGUACUAGAGGGUGUUUUUGGAAUGUUCUGCUCAUCCGUAAAUUCAGAUCAUUUUCAGAGUUUUUGGGGUGA